AUGGCACCAUACGAGGCUUUGUAUGGCAGGAGGUGUCGAACACCUUUGUGUUGGCAGCAAGAUGGGGAAGCGGUGGUACUUGGUCCAGAGUUCUUACAACAGACCACUGAGAAGAUAAGGGUAAUAUGGGAACGGAUGCGUGCAACUCAAAGUCGGCAUAAAUCCUACGCAGAUAAGAGGAGGAGGCCACUCGAGUUUGAGGCUGGUGACCACGUAUUUCUCAGAGUUACACCUACAGCAGGUAUUGGGAGAGCAUUGAAGUCAAGGAAGUUGACCCCUCGAUUCAUCGGUCCAUAUCAGAUUACGAGGCGAAUUGGACCGGUGGCGUUUGAGAUUGCAUUGCCACCUCACUUGGGAAACCUGCACAAUGUUUCCCACGUAUCACAGCUGAGGAAGUACGUGGCGCAUCCUACUCACGUGCUGGAGCAGGAUGAUGUUCAGGUGCGUGAGAACCUGACUCUUGGGGUUGGAUCGGUGAGGAUUCUAGAUUCUCAAGUCAAACAACUCAGAGGGAAGGAGAUUCGGACUAUGAAAGUUCUCUGGGAUGAGGCAACCCAAAAGAUGACUUGGGAGAUGGAAGAACUCAUGAGGAAGUCUUAUCCUUAUCUCUUUACUGGUAAGUCUUAUUUUCGUGGAAGAAAACUUUAA